AUGAUCAAUCCCAAGUGGCAAGUGUUGAUCGGUGUGUUAGGACUUGGACUAGUGAGUUAUGUGCAGUGUCAAAUUCCUGGACUAGGUGGCUGCCCGGAUUACAGUCCCAUCGCAAAGUUCAAUCGAUCAAGAUUUCUGGGAACUUGGUACGAAGUGGAGCGGUACUUUACCGUCAGCGAAGUCGCCACCAAGUGUGUUUCGGCUACCUAUGAACUGCAGCCGGACGGGAAGAUCCACGUUCGGAAUGCGCUGACUAAUCGAUUCAACAAUGUGGAACGCAUAAUUUCUGGUGUGAUGGAACCCCCUGGCAAAUCAAAGAAUGGAAAAUACACCGUCCGAUAUUCGUCGUUCCCGUACAAUUACAAUGCGUCCUUCAUGGUUCUGGACACCGACUACGAUAGCUUCGCGGUUAUUUAUUCCUGCAGUUCCAUUGGUCCUGUGGGUCACACCGUCUCCGCCUGGUUACUGGCACGAGAACGUCUACCGGCCGGUCCAAUUUUGCAACGCGCCUACGGAGUGCUAGAUAAAUACCGCAUUAAUCGUACCUUUUUCGUUAAAACCAACCAAGAGGACUGCAUUAUUCGCGCACCCCCAGAGCCAGCUAUAGACCCAACGGAGCCGAGCACGCUGACGCGCCAUGGAGACCAGGAAGAUGAGAGUAUCAACACGGAGGAGGAACUGAAUCAACUGAGGAAUGAUAUCUUUGCGACAUCCGGUCAAGACGUACAGGCUGAGCCGAUCGUGAAUGAUGAAGAUUAAAACAUCGCUGAUAAGGAAUUUGAAAUAAAAAUAAUCUAGAAUUUGCUCGGUUAUUA